AUGUCAUUAAGCGGCGAGUAUUGCGUCGAAGACUUGCUGAGGGGAACUCCCAAAUAUGCGGUCAUUGCUAUCGAAGAGCAAAGCAAUGUUGUGCAGUUGUUCAAAGACUUGGUAACACUAUCCCAAAGGAACGUCCGAUUCUUCGAUGACCUCUGCGAUCAUCCAUUGGUCAAGGAGCGCUUCCCCAACGGGAUUCCGCCUCUGGCACCGUCAGCUCCAGCGGCUCCUCAAGCUCUUCAAGCUCUCCCUCUACCUAUCAUACCUCAAUAUACUCAACCGUGUUCCACAUCGCCGACAAUGACAAUGGUGAAAAGCACGCGUGUCGACAUGUCUCAAACAUUUCCGGAUGUCUCGAAGCCCACCACAUUUCAGGUGCAGAUUGCCAAAAAGAGCACUGAGAAGCGUGCGAGGCCAAAAGCGACACUGCUCAACGGCCACAAUAGUCACAUGAAAGCGAUCGGAGCAACCGCGGAGGUUUUCGCUCGCAGCGGCGACUCAUCGUCGCAGAAUUAUGAUCAGACAAUUGAUCAAGUCAUUGGGAAAGCGAUAUCAGCUUCUUGCGAUCCGAAUGUCCUUGUGACCAGCUUGUUCGCUCAGAAGCAAUCUCCGACGGCUCAGGCGACGUUAUCGACGAUGACUAAUUCUAAUAAGAAGCGAGAUGAUUCGAAACUCGGCGAGCUUGUCACCUGCAAACUUUGCGAGAGUCGAAUCAUGGCCACUCGCUACUCGAAUCUGUCGAAUCAUGUUCGCCGGCAUGCCACACUCAAACAGUAUCAAUGCCCCCUAUGUCCAUAUCAGAACAAUGAGCAGGCAAAAGUUCGCCUUCACAUGCAGAAUCAGCAUAUGGACACCACGGCGACGAUCAUCGACAAAUUCUCGGCGGAAAUGCAGGAGAUGUGGGAGAGGCUCAUGGACGAGUGCUUCCCGAAUCAUCAGGAGAUCCUGCAGACUGCCAAGGAGACACGCCGCCACAACGAGACGUCGAGGGAAGCGUCGAUGCAGCCCGAAAUGUCCGUCGACAUGGAUGCGGCCAAUAUGACGUACACGACGCGCGAGGUGUGCAUCUACCGGUGCAUCGAAUGCUCGGCGGUGGUGCCGUGCAUGUCCGGACAAGAAGUGGUGAAGAAUAACCCGCUGGAAGCGCAUCUUCGAGCCGAUCAUUCCAACGACUGCUACCCAUACAUGUGCGACGAGUGCGGCUAUCAGAAUGCCGAGCAGUGGAAGAUUCGUUGGCACAUCUCUCUUCGACAUACCAAUAAUGCGGCCGAAUGUACCGUAUCGCAAUCGAAAUCCCCAAUGUGUUCUCUAUUCAUCAAGAAGUAUUUCACCGAGGCUGAUUCUACAAUUCCCGACGACGAAGAAGAGCGUGAGCUUCAACGUCUCCUCUCACCAAAGCCAUCCACGCCGAUAGUGGGCGCCAAGCGCCGAAAAAUGCUUGUCUAG